AUGACAAGUCCACGAGGUCAACGCAACUACGAGAAAGUUAUCCAAGGUUUCCAGUCCUGGAUGAACCGACAACACACUUUGGAAGUCUUUGAUCCCGAAAAAUCCCCCGCUAGCACUCGCCCAUUCAUGGUAAUGAACGAUCUUCAGAACUAUCUGACCGACAACAAUAACCAGAAGCUAAACGGAAUUAUCGACGUGUUGUUUGACGAUAGCGAUGGGUUCAUCCCAACAGAUAUCAUCCCAGAUUACGUGGCAGUCUUCUCAAUUCUCCUGAAGAUCAACAAAGGACCUUAUAUCAAGUACUUUACGCGCCACGGCUCUCUCAACGAUGCAAAGCUACCAUUUGACCCGAAAACCCCACCACAGCACUGGCCCGUAGGCGACAAUCACUCAGACUUUUUGGAAAAUUUCUGUAAACAUCAAUGGGCCUUCUGCGCCCCGCCAUUACCUCCAGCUACUUCAGACCAGUAUUUUGACUCCAAGACAGUCUUGCCGAUCACCUUCAAAAAGACUCUUCAAUCUGGCAUCAGCGCAAACCUCUCGCUCAUUCACGUCCACCCAUGUUACAAUAAACUGCUCCCAGAAAAAGAAAGAAGACAAGGUUUAGAAACUGCUGCGAGUCGAUUCGUUCUUAAACAAUAUUCCACGAAAGAUGCCGAGAGAUACUAUCAGACGGAAGUUGCUGCUUUCGGGAAGAUGAGAUCUAACCCCAACAUUAUAGGCUUCUAUGGCAACUUCACCAGAGGAGACUCGUAUAACAUACUCCUUGAAUAUGCCGACGAGGGAACACUGGAGAGUUAUUUCGAAAAACAAGCACCACCUAGGGACGGGGAGGAAGUCAUAAAGUGUCAUCACGACGUGAAGCCGACGAAUAUUCUUGUUUUGAGCAACGGGUCCACGAACGCGCACGACUUCCAGUUCAAGCUUGCAGAUCUCGGAAUUAGCAAUUUCAAGCCGAAGCAGAAACGUUCCAUGACAACUUCCGAGUCUGGCACUCGCACAUAUGGUGCACCAGAACUUUACAGGCCAGCUGGCGCGCAUAACCACAAACUUCCAAUAGGCCCAGAUGCUGACCUGUGGUCUCUCGGAUGUAUAUUUAGCGAGGCAGGGCGAUGGCUUGUAAAUGGACAUCAUGGGGUAUUGGAGUACCGCCGGGAACGCGCAGCCGAGACAAGUCAAAUCGGUGACUUCAGAGACGGGGAUUGUUUCCACAAUGGGGUGUGCACUUUGAAAUCGGUGGAUAAAUGCCACGAGAAGUGUGCCGAUGGUCUCAUCAGGAAAGACUUCAUUACACAGAAAGUCUUCGAACACAUGAUUCCAGCAAUGUUGGCGAGACCUGGCGAACGAUUUACGGCUCGAAACCUGUACUUCAUGGCAGAUCGUCUCAUUAAAAAGGCACGCGAAGACCUCCGGAAAGCUUCGAGUAGACCAAGGGACAGCCUGGCUGGUCCACCACCCCCACCACCACCACCAAAGCUACCGCCAGGUAAGAAAUCGAGAACUGUAAAUGAGCUUGAGAUACCUACCUCAUAUUAUCCUAGAGGCCCAUUUCAAUAUUCCGAAGAAGGCGCAAAUUUAGAACGACAAUCCACUCUCCUCAAUGAGAUUAGGAGUAACAGUCCAGAAUCCAUGCUUGAAUCGAGGGUCGCAACGAGAGACACCCUGAGAAGACCACAAUCAACGACAGGAACUUCGAGCCUUGCAAAUUCGGGCAUGUCUCCCUUCUCUGAAAAGGUCACUUGGGAAUCGUCAAAGAUACGACCGGACGACGAACAGUAUCGAUCUCAUCAGAGAACAGGGUCUCGGUCAUCAACCCAGCACACAGCAUCUUACCGUAUACCACGUGGCAUGCAUCCUAGUAACCACUCAGACGACCCGCCUCCACGGAACGAUGUCCUAGAUGUUCAAUCAGCAGGUGCGAUGGCGGGAAUGCUAUCAAAUCGGAAGCCGUUAAAUCAUCGAAUUAGCACUGGAAACGAAUAUCGGCGGUCCCACAACUCGGACUCUGAUGGUCUUUCGGCUGUAGAAGCCCCCAGUAAUCCAGCAAAAUCCCACGAGACUGCUUCUCAUAGUCGGCCAUUCAGUGCAUUGUCAGAUCGUCCAAUCAAAGAAGUCUACAACCCACAGACUUCCGAAGCAUCAUCCGAUAAUGUUUGCCUUGACGAGCCUGGAGUGAUCCCGAACAGGCUUCUGUCCCGCAGGGGCGGACGGAGACAAACAAAGACAGAAUUUGGGAAAAUAACACCACCUCCAUCAAGGUCGCCGCCGCCCUCUCAGUCAAUUAAAGAUGUUUUGAAAUGGAAAAAAGAGAGGAAAGAAGAUAAAUUUUGGACGCUAUGGACGCGAGAGAAAAAGAUGCCGCACUGGGAUCUUUUAGAACGUGUCAAGGAUCGUGAUCACGUGUUCUUGAUUGAUGAUUCUGUUAGUAUGAAGCCUCACUGGAACAAGAGCAAUGAUAGUCCAGGCGUUGUUGAAGUCUUUGAAGCUUUGUCAUAUUUAGUGAAGGAAACAGAUGACGAUGGCAUUGACCUUCUCUUCACUGUCUCUGGAGAUCGAGUCAGCGAUCGGAAGUCAACGAAAAAGUUAGUACAACUCGUGAAGGAACGAGAACACAAAGGGGAUACCGAUAUCAACUUGCGUUUGAAUAGGCUAUUCGAAGACUACAAAGCCGAAUUUGAGAAGAAGAAGAGUCGCUUCAGCAAAGACCUCAAGAAAGUCAAACCGCUUAGCCUCUAUAUCUUAACCAAUGGAGUUUGGGAAAAGGGUAGCGAUCUCAGCGAGAUCAUUCGACUUCUCGUUAAAAGGUUAGAGGAUAUUGGAAAGACGAGAGAACAGGUUGGGAUAGAAUUCAUCAGUUUCGGGGCUGAUCCAGUCGGCCUUAGACGCAUGAAAUAUCUCGAUUUCGAGUUGAGUUUAUCCAUGUAUGUGGUCUUCCACGCGUUUACAUUCUCUCCGGAUUCGAAUAAGACUAACAGGAUUAUUUAUUAUAGGGACAUCAUUGACCAUGAACCUUCCGACGGCAACGUCUGGAAAAUGCUUCUCGGUUCUUUCAAUAAUACAUGGGACAAUGAUGACGAUCUCAAACGGCAAAGUCAUUUGAGUCAUAGAACUUUAGAUGCCGACUCCGUAAAUGACAAGCAGGUGUAUGAUACAUGA